AUGGCCAGCACCGGCUCCGCGCCCGGGGGCGCGGGCCCGGGCUCGGGCACGGCGCUGCCCACCCGCUUCCAGGAGACAGAGAAGCUGCUGUCGGCGACGGAGGGCCGGGAGGAGAAGGGCCUCCGCGGCUCCAAAUCCUUCACGGCAGCCUUGCCCGGCGAGACGGAGCGCAACGGGCACGGGCUCGGCUACAAGUCGGUGUCGGUCGGGCACCUGGAGGCGCCGCCGCUGUCGCCGUCCCGACUGAGCCUGGGCAGAGCCUCGUCCACGGCCACCAGCACGGCGGCCCCGGAGCAGGGCCGCCCUCGGGACUACCUGGUGCUCGCCAUCUUCUCCUGCUUCUGCCCCGUCUGGCCCAUCAACAUCGUGGCUCUCGUCUUCUCCAUCAUGUCGAGGAACAGCGGCCAGCAGGGGGACACGGACGGCGCCCGGCGGCUGGGACGCAUGGCCAGGCUGCUCAGCAUCGUCUCCAUCGUGCUGGGGACCAUCAUCAUCGUGCUCUACAUUUCACUCAGCAUCAGAGCUUCCUAGAAGACGUUUCAGCAUGCAAAUACCUUGAAGAGGAGGAAGACAACUUUCCUUUUGGGGUUUUUACUUUCAGCCUUGCAACAAAACAAAAAAUUGUCACAGUGUAGGUGGGCAGCCCUAGACAGUCUGCUCUGGAGCGCCGUCGGAAGGAACGCAUGCUUCAAUUCACCGCCUCCUGGGAAUGAGCCUGGGCCAGGGACGGGAUAAAAAUCACCCUGAGGAGCAAUGGGAGAGGCCACUGAGGAGAGGAGAGGAGAAGGGGGAGAUCCACUACCUCAUUCCCCUCCAGCAGAACUCACGGAGUGGGGAGACAACUAAAGUGCAAGAGGAGGAGAGAGUCUCCAGAAGGAAGCUGGUUUCGGAAGGAAGACACAAGGCGAGAACGGGACGUUUUUGAGGAGUCCUCCUGAGAAUUUUGGCACAAGUCACUGGAUUUUUGGGGGGUCGUUGGUUUUUAAAUCGUCAAAUUCUCUGUCUCUACAAAAACAAAACAAAACAAAACAACAGAAACAAAGCUCAAACUGCCAUCAGGAGCUGAGAGCUGUUCCAGGGAGGAGGAGGGAGAGCAGAGCUGCAGCAGGACCACGGCUCUGCUCCGAACGAAACGCAGCCGCCAAAGCUGGAGGAUGUGGUGGGUGCUUUUGUAUUUUUGAUGAAAAAAAAAAAAAAAAAAGAAAAAAAAGAGACAAUGACCAUUUGCAUGCCUUUGGGAAUGUUCUCCAUGUCUGUUCCUACAAGCUCUUUUAUCACUUAGGGCAGAUCUCAGAGCUGGCAGAGGAGGAUGUUGCUGCAUGAGAACCCCGGACUCCUCCUCACCCCCAUCCCAUGGUGGGCUUUUUAAAGGAAGGCAAAAUCAGGCGUUCCCUGUGAAACCACACCUUUCUCUGUGCACCCAAAGGGAGGUUAGCACCCCUGGCACUGAGACAAGAGCCUGGUUAAUGCCCAGCAGCAGCACCAAGGCACGGAGAGCCCCUUCUACCCACUCACACCCCGAUGCCACGGCACACAGAGGCUUCAGCGUGAUCCAGCCCCCACCACUGCCAGUGCUCAUCCCCCCCAACCCUCUGGGGCUUCAGCUUGGGGCCUUCCAGGAGAUUUCCAAGGGCAUGAAGGAGUUUUAGACUCCUGCUCCUCUCCUUGCACCCCUCACACAGCUCUUCUCACACAGCUCUGAAAAUCUCCGGCGUCCCCGGAGCUGCCUGGGGGCAGUUCUGUCAGUCGUUGUAUUAUUUUUUAAUGUUUUGUAUUCACCACAACAAGAAAACAGACUCUGCUCCUCCCACUCUGUCUGUAGGCACCACAGGCCCUGCCAUGUCUUCCACAGCACCUGGCUCCCUCAGCCCAUCCCUGUGGGACCCAAUCCCCCUGGAGGCUCCAUCCAGCCCCAGCCCUUCUCCUGCCCGCUCUCCCCUCACUGCUGUGGGGGCUCCCUGGGCUUGGCCCUCUCCCCACCCACCCAGACUAUGCAAAGCUCCAUUGCCUGUGGUUUCAGCCAGGCUUUGUGACUUCUGGCCACGUCCACUGGCUCCCUGAGUCUCUUUGAUCCAAACUUUGGGGACACACGACCAAGAGCUGCUCUGCCUGACCUUUCUGUUGUGUCCAGCUGACAACCUGUGACCUGAGAGCAGAGACUGACUGAGAAAUGUUGUCCUGCAGGGCACUUCUGCUCCCUAACACCAAUCUCCUGAAAAACACCCCAAAUUUAGACCAAAUUCAAUGCUUCCCAGGGCUUGUCUGCAUGGAGAACCCACCAAAAGAAACCUCACAACAUGGUAACUGCUUGGCACUGACUCCUGCCCCGGGCUCUGAGUGGGCACAUGGCUUAGCACAGGGUAGGGGUGGGGUGUAAACCCUGUAGUUACUCUGUAGUAACUAAUGUGCAAAGCCAGGGACAUCUCUGUGAAAAUUCUCCUGUCACCUUUUGAUUGCUCCUCUUUCAAGUGGUUUUUUCCUCUCGAUGCUGUUUGAAUGCAGGGGGUGAGAAAGCCAAAUCCCCCAGACACGCUGUCAACAUGUUUCUCUCCACUGCAAGGGAUGCCAGGGGCUCACAGCAAUAGCACAUCACUACAGCACUUUCUUGGGCUCCAUUCCCAUCCACCCCUUUGCCAGCACUCCAUCUCAAACUGCUGGCAUCUAAAAUGGACCAAAUCUGCAACUUUUCUUUUGCAAUUUAUCUUUUGUGAGUUCAGCAGACAGGGACUGCUGAGCAUUGCUGGGUGGGAGCUCCCUCCUCCAUCCUCUGUCCAGGAACUCCUUCUUUUCCUCCUGAGCCCUUCAGAAACCCUCCCUUGGAUGGUCAAACUUUCAUUUUAUGGCUAUUGAAUUCCCAUCAAACCCCCCAAAUGUUUCCCUCUUUAACUCUUGGACUCAAAGGCUGCUUGCUGGGGAACACGUGGGGGUUUUUUGGAGCUACAUAAGGGCAGUGCUGCCUGUCCCUGAUUUCCUGCCCUUUGCCCUUGGAGCUGCUGGAAUUCAGCUGAUGGGAAAGCCCAGGAAGCUCCUCCUUGGGCAGGAAGGGCCCUUUUUCAGGGAAAAGUGCUGGAGGCAGUUCUAGGACUUGAGAGCCCUGAGCGUUUAUUAAGUAAGGAUUUAAAUGCUCUUUUAUCAUUAUAUAAAGCCUUUCAUCUAAAGUGCUUCUCUGCAUCCAAAGGAUUGAACCCUGCCACCCCCCACGAGGUGGGCUCACAUUACUGCUCUAAUUGCAGGGAUGGCAAAUGCUCAGGCACUGAGCAGCUCCCAAACCAACCCCCUUUUCUUUUCUUUUCUUCCUCCUCCUUAACACAACCAUGUAUGAGCACAGAUUUCCUUGGAAUCCGGGUUUUUUUCAGUGGGAUGUAAAAACUGUGCCCCACUGUGGUUCCAGAUGGGAUUCCUGCAGCCAGAGGAGGGAGGGGGUUUGUGAGGCAGCUGCACUGCUCCUGCCAGGAGAAUCCCAGGCCAGGGCAGCACAGAGCAGUGGAGGUACCAGGAUUCCCUUGGAUGCAGGAGAAGGCAGAAGAUUUCCCCAAAACCCAGGGGUGAUGAUUUCUUUGUGUCUCCUGUCUCAUUGGACAGCUCAGGUGAUGCUUCUCACCUCACUAUUAAGUCCAACAAAAAAGAACAGCUAAGACACUUGAAUCCCUUUCAUUCUAAAAUCUUCCUGAAUUGUACUGCACCCUUGAACUCAGGAUUUUUUUUCCUUAUCCUGCAUUUAAAUCCAGAGGAAAGCCUCUACAGUCAUCCCUGACAAAAUAUUUACUCUGCUUGUAACCUGCCUCUGCAGUGCUGGAGGAAUAAACUCUCCAGGGACACCCACAAAGUCCCUUGCCCUGCUCCCCACCAACUUCUCCACGUUUUUUGCAGCCUGUUCUGCAAAGUUUUUGCCACCUUGCUCUCCCCAUCCCCCAGGGCUCUUUCCCAGCCCAGCUCCCUCUUUGGCUCUUUUGGGGUGGAAUUUGCUCCUAUUUGUGCAGGAGGAGGCUGCAGAGCCCCCAGCCCUUGGCACACACUCACCUGGGCAGGGUUACAGGGAGGGGGAUGAUGGCAGAUCUUCAUCCUGAGGCCACCAGGCACAGUCUUGGCUGCAUCCCCCAGGGAACUCUCCUGACCUCAGCCUUUAGCACACAGGAGGGCAAACACAAAAGCUGUGCCGUGAGCCCUUCCCUCUCCAGCCCCACCCAGCAGCCCUGUUCCUUAUCCCCCAGCUCUUUGCCACCUGCUGCAGCCUCCUCUGAGCACACCCAUCGGAAUUUUCUGUGUUUGCAAAUAAAACAGGCACAAAAUCCUGGCCAGCUUCUCUCCCCUGGUGAAGGAAGGGUGAGAGCACAGUGAUAACCCAGCCCUACCUGCCAGGGAGGCUGAGCUGGUAGGAGGAGAGCUCUGAAGGGAUGGAGAAGGUGGGAAAUGUCUCUAAAUGUAAGCUGGAGUAGGAGUUACCAUCGACAAAUGUGGGAUGGAAAUCCUGGUGGGAUGGAAAUCCACGGGAAGGAUUCUCCCAGCAGAGCUGGGGCUGCUGGCACCUCCCUGGCACUGCUGUCCCUGGGCUUCUUUGCCUGGGUUUGGGGCAGAGCUGGGCUCUGUGGGGUGCCACAGAAAGGCUGCUGGCUGCAUCAAGGCUGCAUUGAAGCUUUAAGCUGAACCAGCAACAAACUUGGCUUGGUUUUGUAGCAGCUGCAGUGACCCAGGGUCAGGGAAGGGCUGGCCCGAGUCAGUGGGGUCACAGCAGCACCCUGCAGGCACCAAAGGGAUCUGAGCCCCACCAGGGGGAAGAAAGUCACCAAAGGACUUCAAAGUUGGCUGUGUUAGGGAUGGGUUUGCUUUUUCUGGCGGGUCUUUCACCCUGUUCCAGUUUCCUGCUCUGUCCCUGCUCUUUGCUGGUUUUACCACGCUGUCCCCUCAGCAUCCCCACCCCCGAAUUUGCUGUGUUAGGGAUGGAUUUGCUUUUUCUGGCUGGUAUUUCGCCUCUCCCUGCCCUUUGCUGGUUUUACCACGCUGUCCCCCCAGCAUCCCCAUCCCAGAGCUCUCCUGAGCCCCAGAGCUCUCUGUCCCUCCCUCUGUCCCUCCUGUCACCCGGACAGGUCCUGCUGCAAUGAGAUCUCAUCUCUGGGCUCGGGGAGGGCUCAGGGAGCUCUGACCCCGCUCCAGCCCGCACAGAUUUCUCCAUGCAGACACGGGGAGCAGAUCCUGCCUUUCCCCUGGAAUGGAAUCUCCGUCUCUGUUCACUCCGAGCCCAGGGAGAGGCUGCGGGGAGGCUCCCGCCGGGCUGGCCCCACCCUGGCCCUGCUUUGUUUCUGUCACAGAACCGCAGCCGGGGUUGCCCUUCGAGCUGAAAUUAUUCCGAUUUAAGCUCGUUUUCCUUUCAGUAUACAGCCGUCAAUUUUGGCAAAAACCAGAUAGGUUUGGACUGAAAAACUCCCCUGCUUGGGCCCAGUCCAAGGGGGUGUGGGGGGAUAGCAGCCUUUUCAAACUGGGAAUAUUUGUAAAGCAUUUGCUGACACCAGUAGGUAGAAAAAUUCCAACCUAUAAAGACCCAUCCAGGAUAAGAAACAUCAGAAAGGGAACGUGUGCAGGAUUCACCUGUAAGGCAGCCCUGACACCACCUGGGAGCCCUUAGAAGGUGCCAGGAUUUGAUCCUUGGCAUGGAAGUGCAGGGUCCAUCCCCCCACUGGGAGAGCCACAGCUCACACACAGCAUGAAUGCACCAGGAAUUGCAGCUGGGUGCUGCUCUUUGCUGACAAAUGUUUCUUUUUCUGCAGGAUGGUAUGGUAUAUCUUAUAUACUUUCUUUGUAUUUCUUGGCA